GCUAUAAACAAAAUAUCAAAGCAAAGCCGGUGAAGGUAAAAGUUGUGUUGGUGCGAAUGAGAGAUAGAGAAUUCAUUUCAUUCAGAUUCAAACUUCGCAUUCGAUGUUGUACGUUGUUGAUUUUGUUUUCAUUCAUUAAAUUAUACAGAAAUAACAGUUGCUGUGUUACGUGUUAUUCCAGUACGAUUUGUCUUAUAAAGUGUUUUUAUGCCUGUUUCAAAUAGAAAUUAACGGUUUGUUGAGAUAGAUACCUAUACCUACCAAAAAUGCCGAAAGUAAAAUCGGAAUUAAGUAAGGACCUAUCCGAGCAUCGUAAAGAAGGCGGAUGGAAUAACGGCCAAUUGUUUGGAGCGGAAUCAAACGAGGAUUCAUUCACCGGCGGAGGAUUCAAGAAUAAAGAAAAAGCCAUCGAAACAUUGAAGUUAUUGCAAGAUAAAGAUAUCACGUAUCAGUAUCAUGUAAUAAAUACCAUGUUCAACAGGGCUAAAGUAAUCCUCAAACGAACCAAAGAUCCGGAAAAAAUCAAGAACCUAACCGAGGCUAUCGAAGUAUUUGAAAAAUGGAUCGAAGAUUACAAAGGUCAUAGCCGUCAUAAGGAGAAUUUCGGGUACUUACCUCUCGAUGUGGUUGAAGCGUAUCAAAAAUUAGCCAAGUAUCAUAAAAUCAAAGAUAACGAAUUCCUGGACAGUUAUAAAGAAGUCAACGGUGAUUAUAAAAAACUUCGGAAUAAGGUUGUGAAAAAUAUCGAAAUAACUUGGGAUGUGCAUCGAAAUAGAUCAUUGAAGCCUUUGGUUGAAAAAAUUAAAGAUAAAAACGAAUGCAUGUUUGAAACAAAGGAUCCAUUGAAUGGUUUACCUACGAAAGCUCACGUUGAAAUUAUUAUGUGGGGAUAUUCUCCCGAUGCUGGUAAAAUUAAAAAAAGUAUUAAUCUUUUGAGCGAAAAAGACGUGUUAAAUUAAAAGGUAUAGUUUUUUUCAUCGUUCUUUUUUUCGUAUGAUUAUUUAUAUACCCUGCAGCUCCUAUUUUGAUUAAUGAGUUGAAUCACGAAUUCAUUAUUUAUUGUGAAUUAACUACCAUUUUUUGAAUAUUUUUUUUUGUAAUAUUAUGGAAUACCUAUCUAAUUUAUUAUUAUUAUUUUUUUACAAUACAAAUUGAUACCUAAUAAAUUAUUAUAAUAAAAUUAUAAAAAAUAAUAAUGUUUUCAUUUCG